ACGAAGAUUGAUCAAUAUGACGGUUCCUCCAAAGAUGGAUCUUACCUGUGUUGUACGUCGACAUGUUAAAGUACUGAGCAGGAGAAAAUGUAACUUCUCCGACGCUGUUUUCAACCCGUCACAAUUUGUCGACAUUUUCCCGGAUCCGCAACUGACAUCUUUGUUUACCAUAGCGAGGAGUAAAGAAAUCGGAGUCCAAUGCCAAGCUUGUGAUGUUUCAGCACUUAAUAUCAAUACGGAUUGUGCUACGACCGAGGCCCACGGAGUUUUCCACAAGGAAGGUGGAUGGCCUCGCGAUGUCAACCCGCAAGAAGCCGAUCAAACGGCUCGCUACCGCAAAAAGAUCGAGAAGGAUGAAGCUUAUUCCCGCACAGUUCUACAACUUGGACAUCAAAUGGAACAUUACAUCAAGCAAAACAAUGUAUUUAACAUCUAUGAGGAUUAUUUCACUGAUUCUCCCGAUGUGCAAACGCCAGAUCCAAAUCCUCUGCGAACCCUUCAUUUGCUAAAGGAUCCAUCACCGAUCAAACGCGCAGUCACUGGUCUUAGUUGGAGUCCCGAUGGAGGAACUAAAUUGGCCGCUGCUUAUUCAGAUCCAUUUUGGAAAAAUCUGUUUGACCACAAAGAAAACGAUUCUUACAUUUGGAAUAUUGAAAGAGCUGUGCAACCAGAAAUAAUUUUACGCAGCAUGAGUCAACUACGUUCCGUCUCGUUCAAUCCGCGUGACCAACACAUUUUAGCUGGUGGAUCGAUUUAUGGCGCUGUGGGAAUUUGGGACGUUCGUAAGAGUCAAGGUCCAGUCGAAUGCGUCCCCAUUGGUGUCGGUCAUUCGGAAAGUGUCACUUCGCUUAUUUGGAGCAAUUCAAAGGCUGGAGGAGAAUUCUUUUCCGCCUCUGGCGACGGCCAAGUUCUUUGGUGGGACAUGCGAAAAUUAAAUGCGCCAAUAGACGCACUUUUACUGGAUCCUAGUUCAAUGCCUCGAUCGGAAAGCGCUUUAUCUGCUAGUUGUCUCGAGUACGAUCCUUCUAUGCCAAACAAAUUCCUAGUUGGCACACGUCAAGGUAUUGUGAUGAAUUGCAACAGAAGAGCCCGAACAACAGCUGAGAGGAUAAUGUGCCAAUACGAGGCGCACUUGGGCCCAGUUCACGGUCUACAUCGACAUCCGCAAUUGCCCAAAAUAUUUUUGACCGUUGGGGAUUGGACCACGAAUGUUUGGACCGAGGACAUUCGCGAUUCGCCCAUUUUAACUUUAAAGAAUCAAAAUGUCCAGUUACUGGCCGGAGCGUGGAGUCACACACGGCCGUCCGUCAUAUUCACUGCUGCAACAGACGGAGCUCUUUACCUGUGGGAUAUUCUCGCCCAGCGGAUCACUCCUACGUUAUGCUCCCAGGUCAGCGAAUCUCCGCUUUUAAGUUUGAGCACCCAGGAACACGGAAAAAUCAUGGCAGUUGGCAGCAAAGACGGACGGUUGUCCGUCAUUCAAAUAAGCGACAAUUUGUCGACAGUAACCAAAAACGAUAAAGUAGCGCUUACCUCGUUAUUGGAACGAGAAAUCCGAAGAGAAAAGAAUUUGGAACAGCGGACUAAAGACAGCAAGAGUAAACAAGGACCCAAAACUUCCAUUUUCCACCUGGCGAUUGCAACAGUGACCCAAGCCGCUACGCAAGGCUCAUUGGGCGUUCAGAAACCUCCGUCUCCCAUCACCUCGCCAUCUAAAAAAAUGUUUGAGAGCUUGAAGGAGACACUCCAGGCACUUAAUAUUAAUCAAGAGAAUAGGCCUACAAGCGGCAAAGAAGUUAACGAAGGAUCGGUUAUUGAACCUUCGGCUGAUAUGUUGCCAGCCACUGAUAAAACCGGAAGCCAAAUCAACGUAUCUGUCUCUCACGCUGCUCCAGUGGCGCCAUCCGUUGAUCAGACUCUGCAAUCUUCCGAAGAGGCUUUCUUUGAAACCAUUGAUCAGGACAUACUUUCCCGUGGAAUAGAAGAAAAACAAUGAGUAGACGAAUAACUAGUGCACCAAUGAUUUUAUUAAUCCGAUCCGCAUCAAUAUUUCCAUUAUUCAAAUGUUUGUUUUUUGGGAGAACGGGGGUAUAAUUAAGAGAGGUGUUGACAAAGAGUGUUAUACAAGCAAGUAAAUAAAAGUUGUAGGGGAA